UUUCUCUCGCCUCAUCUUCCAUCGGUAUGAAUCUCUUCUUUCUGCACAAGGCAUUUCGAUGAAGGACUUAUAAGACGACUAUAACAUGCUCGGGAAUUGGUACCUGACAAAUUUAUCCAUCCGGGUUGAUUAUUUUUUGUUCUAUCGUGUUUAUCUCUCAAGGCUGACAUAAAAGAAAUCGAACAAUGUCGUGUUGUGGAGGUGGGGAGGAAGAACUUGCUGGACCACCUGCGAACCAAUAUGCAGCCCCCUAUAAAGGGGGAAAUGCAUAUGGUAGUGGAGAACCAAGGAGUUCAAAUCCAGCAAGAAGUGGUGUCCCACAAAAAGUUUUGCCCAUUGAUGUACCGGCUAUGCAAUUGAGUGAGCUGAAUAGGUUGACUGGUAACUUUGGACCCAAGGCUUUGAUUGGGGAAGGUUCAUACGGUAGGGUUUAUAACGCAACUUUACAAGAUGAACAGCAGGUAGCCAUAAAGAAGCUGGAUACAAGUGCAUCAACAGAGCCCGAUAAUGAUUUUUCAAAUCAGUUAUCAGUAGUUUCGAGGCUUAAGCAUGAACACUUUGUGGGUUUGCUGGGUUAUUGUUUGGAAGAAGACAACCGAAUUAUGGUAUAUGAGUAUGCCAUAAUGGGCUCUUUGCAUGAUAUAUUACAUGGAAGGAAGGGUGUACAGGGGUCUGAGCCUGGUCCGGUUCUGGCCUGGAGUCAAAGAGUGAAAAUAGCUUAUGGAGCAGCCAGAGGCCUUGAAUAUUUGCAUGAAAAGGUGCAGCCUGCCAUUGUUCACCGUGAUGUUAGAUCCAGCAAUGUUCUCCUGUUCGAAGAUUUCUUGUCAAAGUUAGCCGAUUUCAACUUGACAAACCAGUCUUCGGACACUGCAGCUCGACUACAUUCCACAAGAGUGUUGGGAACUUUUGGUUACCAUGCUCCAGAGUAUGCAAUGACGGGGCAAAUAACUCAGAAAAGUGAUGUGUAUAGUUUUGGAGUGGUUCUUCUAGAACUCUUAACUGGAAGGAAACCUGUAGAUCAUACAAUGCCCAAGGGGCAACAGAGUCUGGUUACUUGGGCAACUCCUCGACUAAGUGAAGAUAAAGUAAAGCAAUGCAUAGACCCCAAGCUAGGUGAUGAUUACCCACCAAAAGCAAUUGCUAAGAUGGCAGCAGUUGCAGCACUGUGUGUUCAAUAUGAAGCAGACUUCAGGCCAAACAUGACGAUUGUGGUGAAGGCUCUCCAGCCGCUUCUCAAUGCAAAACCGGCAGCAGCUGCAGAGCCUCGCGUAUAGAGACAGACUCAAUUAUUCAUGUUGUUGUUGAUGAAGAAGAUGAUGAUGAGCUGGGUAAGAAGGUGUACUUGCUAGGAUGAAGACCUUAAUAUGUUAGUAUAAUUUUA